GAAGACGCUGAUGUUUACUGGAACAUCUCAAUGGAUGUGAAACUGGAGAGCUGUGAUGUGGACACAAAUAUCAUGGAUAUUAAGGAGGAGGACUGUGAGUUGGAGUCCAUCUACCUUAAACAGGAAAGUCUGAGCAUUAAGGAGGUGAGCAGUGAACUACAGACAGUGGGCAUUAAAGAUGAAGCUGAAGAGAAGUCUGUCAGCAUUGAGACAAUUAACCAUACAAAUCUGGACAGUGUAAAAGAAGACAACCUUCAUGAUGGGUGUCAAGAUGGAGUGGUAACCUGGUUAGACUCUUCUCAAAGCAGACACUGUUCAUCUCCAGAGCCUUCUGUCAAUGUGAAGACUGAAUCAUUACAGUCUAAACCAAAGAGGACUAAGAAAAGUACAUCUGUUAGAGCUCAAGAAAAUCGGCCACCAUCUACAAAGCAGUCUGGAAAAAGAAACAAAGAUCAGUGCAGUUUGGAAUCUGGAAAAGAAUUCUCUGGCAGGAGUGCUCUUCAGAUCCACACUGGACUUCACACGGGAGAGAAGCCGUAUUGCUGUAAUGACUGUGGUAAACCGUUUUCACAAAUGAACCAUCUUCAGAGACACACUAGAGUUCACACGAGAGAGAAGCCGUAUUGCUGUAAUGAAUGUGGUAAACAGUUUUCACAUAAAAGCAAUCUUCAGAUACACACUAGAGUUCACACUGGAGAGAAGCCGUAUUGCUGUAAUGAAUGUGGUAAACAGUUUUCACGUAUAAGCAGUCUUCAGAUACACACUAGAGUUCACACUGGAGAGAAGCCAUAUUGCUGUAAUGAAUGUGGUAAACAGUUUUCACAAAUGAGCCAUCUUCAGAUACACACUAGAGUUCACAUUGGAGAGAAGCCGUAUUGCUGUAAUGAAUGUGGUAAACAGUUUUCACGUAUAGGCAGUCUUCAAAGACACACUAGAGUUCACACGGGACAGAAGCCGUAUUACUGUAAUGAAUGUGGUAAACAGUUUUCAUGUAUAAGCAAUCUUCAGAUACACACUAGAGUUCACAACAGAAUAUAAAGGGUAGCAGUUCAAAAAUCAGUCCAGAAAAACAAGCACCCUUCAGAACUCGAGAGUGAGGUUCACUCCUGUCUUGAAAAGUAAGCAUUGUUGACAAAUUAAUCUCUGAGAGAAGCCAUAUUGCUGUUUGGAAUGUGGCAAACAAAUCUGUCAGAGGAGUUCUCUUCAGAGACACACCAGAAUUCACACCGGAGAGAAGUACAACUGAACUGUCCUGACUAAAGAGUGAGGUUCACUCCUGCCUGGACAGUAAGCACAUGCAACUGACUGGAAUCCAUCCUACUUAGUGUUGUGUCAGAAACAAAUCAACACAGAGGAGAAUCAGAAGUUUAUAUCCUUUUUCCCUUUCCAGAAACAAAAUAAAGAACAGGGCGUCAUACAAACCGCUUCUCACCAAAGCCCCUACAGCCUCCACCAUGUGCCUAGCUCUGUUUUCAUAACAUACGUAUUACAUAUAGAACUAUUUACAAUAUAUUAUACACAUUUCAUAAGAAAAGAACUCUUUACAAUAUACAUAACCUCACAUAAUAAAUCAUAGUUCAGCUAUAUAAUAAUAUCCAUCC